AUGUUAACUAAUGCUGCUGCUGCUGUUCUCGCUCCCUUGGCUUCCGCUACCAUCAUCUCUAUCAGGUUCUUGAAACUUUUGCUCAUCCAACUUUUUAUUAUUUUUUGUCCUCAGCCCAGCCCAGCUCAGGUCUGCCUCUGCCUUUCAGGCUGCCCGUUUUUCCUGCGCCUCCUCCUGCCUCGGGCUCUGUCACUUUCUGCCCAGGCAAAAAGUGACUCCCGGAAGCAGGCAUGCCUCUUCGAGUUUGGUCUUGAAGACCAGACAACCUGGGGUGAAGCAGCCAAGCGUGGCCUCGGCAGCCUCGAGUCUUGGGGCUUUUGCAACGUCGAGCCAACCAACACAAGUGACAACAAUGCAGGAGCAUUUCGACCACAGCCCAGAGACACCCCGGAGACCCGGGAGCAUAUUCACAUGUACGACCGCACUUGGAUGUGGAUGCCUUCAUACCUCUUUCCCUCGUUGGUGGGGUUUGUGUGUGUGAGCGCAGAUGGACGUGGCAAUGCUCAGCUGGCAGUUGUGCAAGCGAGGUGGAGGUGCCUGAGGAGGCAAGAGGCAGAGGCGAGGGGGCUGAGUGGCGAGCGAAGUACUUUAAAGUGUGUGCGUGUUUGUGCGUGUGUUUUGGCUUCCGUUCAGCCCGUAUACAAGGCGUGUACUGUUCUGGGAUUAGGCUGA